GAGCCAAUGAGGAAAGACAGACCGGGGAGUGGCAAGUUAGGCAGUCAUGGCUGAGGUGAGGGGCGGUUUUUCAGGCAGGGAGGGGGCUGCAGAGUAGAGUGGUCGCUCUCCCUGAGGCGAUUCCUAUUGUUCUCCCUUAGCGGACCUUAACGAGGAGUCCCGGUCCCCAAACUUGCCUACAGGACAACUCUUAGGACACCCCCUUUUGGGUCCUAGGAGGCCCUUCCUUCUCCUCUGGACAAGCAGAGCCCCAGUUUGCAUUAGGUAUCCUUAUCCCCCCCCCCUCAAAUAUUCCCCGUGGCUUCUCUUUUCAGCUCCCCCCAAAAACUUUUCCUCCUCCCUCUCCCCAUAGACAGGCACACUGGCCCUCCCCUUGACCCCAGGUUCAGGGGCCCGCCUCAGAAAGCACCCCCCCCGCCCUUGCUUGCUCCCCAAAGAGCACUCCCCCCCCCACCAUUGAGGUCCUUGAUGCAAAAAGCACGUGGGCUCCCCUUUCCCCCUUGCAAGCGGUCCUUGGGCUGUGGCUCCUGACCGCCUUUGCAAAAGGCACCCCCGAGCCUCGUGUUCUCUGCUGGGCGAAGGGCAGUGCUUCAUGCAUGCUUUCCUCCAACGGGGUUCUUCAUUGUGUUUGUUGUUGUGGUUGUUGAGCUCCUGGCCUUUGCUGCCAUCCCUCUCCCACUUCCUUGUCCUUCGGCUGGGAAUUAAAUGCCCGCCCUGCAAAAGAUAAACAAAAUAAACCCGUCUCCCCGAAGAAACCAGGACUGGAGAUAAAGUGCAGGAGAUCUCCUUCCAUCAAGGGCUGAGGCAACUUUGGCAAGUUGUAUCGUCUCUUUCCUGCCGUCCCCCCUACCUCUGUCCCUCUUUAAUCAGCAUCAAGCCAAAGCUAAAGGCUGUCUGUGACAGAGUGACAAUCAGAUGCUUGUCACUCAUGUUUUGCCUUUUUAGUGUUUAGGUAGUAUUCCGAUUAAAGUGACAAGAAAACUAUAAUUCAGGGAGUGCGUUUGUCCCUGUAGAAGUUUUUUGUAGGCAGCUUACUUUGAUACCUCAAUAUUAUCAGCUAGGAUAACAUAUCAGGGUGAAAAACAAAACUCCGAGCGUGUUAAGGGUGCUGGUUCUCAGCCUGUUCCUCCACAAAAGGCCAGAAGAGGCCAAAUGGGCAUCCUAGCUUUUUUUGGCUUGGCUCCUUCCUAUUGCAACCUCUUGUUCCGUGGCCUAGGCCGGCAGCAGGGUCUGACUGUGCCCUUCGUAGCUUAACUGACUAUCCAGGCCUUUUGCCAUGGCUGGGGCCAUAGCGUCUCGGAUGAGCUUUAGUUCUUUGAAAAGAAAGCAGCCGAAAACCUUCACGGUGCGGAUUAUGACCAUGGAUGCUGAGAUGGAGUUCAACUGCGAGGUGAAAUGGAAGGGAAAGGACUUGUUUGAUCUGGUAUGCAGGACGUUGGGCCUUCGUGAAACUUGGUUCUUCGGUCUGCAGUACAUGAUCAAGGACACGAUGGCCUGGCUCAAAAUGGACAAGAAGGUCCUGGACCAUGAUGUUCCAAAGGAGGAGCCGGUCACUUUUCACUUCCUAGCCAAGUUUUAUCCAGAAAAUGCAGAGGAGGAACUUGUUCAGGAGAUCACUCAGCACUUAUUCUUUCUUCAGGUAAAGAAGCAGAUCUUAGAUGAGAAGAUCUUUUGUCCACCGGAGGCAUCUGUUCUGCUUGCCUCCUAUGCAGUCCAAGCUAAGUAUGGAGAUUAUGACCCCAGUGUUCACAAGCGGGGCUUCCUGGCCCAGGAGGAGCUGCUUCCCAAGCGGGUUAUAAACCUGUACCAGAUGACCCCAGAAAUGUGGGAGGAACGAAUAACAGCUUGGUACGGUCAACAUCGAGGCAGAGCCAGGGACGAAGCUGAAAUGGAAUAUUUGAAGAUUGCUCAGGAUCUAGAGAUGUAUGGUGUGAAUUACUUUGCCAUUAGGAAUAAGAAAGGGACUGAGUUACUGCUGGGAGUUGAUGCCUUGGGUCUCCACAUAUACGACCUGGAAAACAAGUUGACCCCCAAAAUCUCCUUUCCAUGGAAUGAGAUUCGGAAUGUCUCUUACAGUGAUAAGGAGUUCACAAUCAAGCCAUUGGAUAAAAAAAUUGACGUGUUCAAAUUUAACUCCUCCAAGCUGCGUGUGAAUAAACUGAUCCUUCAGCUGUGCAUCGGGAACCACGACUUGUUCAUGAGGAGGCGGAAAGCUGACUCCCUUGAGGUCCAGCAGAUGAAAGCACAAGCCAGGGAGGAGAAGGCCAGGAAACAGAUGGAGCGCCAACGUUUAGCCCGAGAGAAACAGAUGAGAGAAGAGGCAGAGCGAACGAGGGAUGAGUUGGAGAGAAGGCUGUUGCAAUUAAAAGACGAGGCAACAAUGGCUAACGAAGCCCUGAUGCGUUCUGAAGAAACCGCAGACUUGCUGGCUGAAAAAGCCCAGAUCACAGAAGAGGAAGCAAAACUUCUGGCUCAGAAAGCAGCUGAAGCGGAGCAGGAGAUGCAGCGGAUCAAGGCUACGGCCAUCCGGACGGAGGAGGAGAAACGGCUGAUGGAGCAAAAGGUGCUGGAGGCGGAGAUGCUGGCGUUAAAGAUGGCAGAAGAAUCUGAAAGAAGGGCAAAGGAGGCAGACCAGCUCAAGCAGGACCUGCAGGAAGCUCGCGACUCCGAGCGGAGAGCAAAGCAGAAGCUUUUGGAAAUUACCAGCAAGUCGUCUUACACACAGCCCAUGAACUCAAGUACAACCACGCUGCCUGCUGACUUGCCAACCUUCAACCUCAUCAGCGAAAGCUUGUCCUUCGACUUCAAGGAUACAGACAUGAAGAGGUUGUCUAUGGAGAUAGAGAAAGAGAAGGUGGAGUACAUGGAGAAGAGUAAACAUCUCCAGGAGCAGCUGAAUGAGCUGAAGACUGAAAUCGAGGCUCUAAAGUUGAAGGAAAGGGAGACAGCUAUGGAUAUAAUGCACAAUGAGAACAGCGACAGGGGAAGUAGCAAGCACAACACCAUCAAGAAGCCUCAAGCCCAGGGCAGAAGACCUAUCUGCAUUUGAGACUUCAAAGUAGGCUAUUCCAAGCUCACCUUGCAAAGCACAAAGUCCCGUGUGGCCUUCUUCGAGGAGCUGUAGGAAGUGAGCCAGUACUUUGACUACUGAGCCAGCUCACACCCGGCGGAACCUGUUUGAGGACUCGUCUACGACCUCUGCCUGAUUGCCAUCUGGACUGGGACCUUCUUCACACGCAGUGGACUUUGGCAUUUGGCAUCUUGGGAGUCCGACGUGAUGCUCUUUAUCUUAGUACCUUGUAGUUUGUAAUAACCUUUGUAUAACACACAGCUGUGAUGUAUCUUUUAGCUUUUUAAAGUGUUUGUAUCGACUGGAGCUUGUAUUUUCUUCUCAAGACAAAAGGGCGUCAUAGCAUUGUUCCUUUCCCCAGCUGGCCCUCCUUAGGAGUGCUGUGGACGAUGCGUCCCCCUGCAGGCAGAGAGGGGUGGCCUUUUGCCGAAGCCCCCGUGUACAGAUUUUUAACCUUAGCGACUAUAUUUCUCUCUGAAAACCCCUAGUAUAUCCUUAGUGCUUGUGUAAGAAGAUGAAACCUUAACCAGUGUCCUCAAUGAACUGAGCUGGAGUUCUGAACCGGGAGCACUUUGACAUCUUUCACGGACUCUCACUUUCCUCUUUGAGCCAAUUCAAAGCUAGUGAUGUGCUGAGUUUCGAAGGAUCCCUGUCUUGGUUUGUGUUUUACCCAGAGAAGAUGAAAUUCCGCAUUAAGUUUGGUGCUCGGAGCGUACAGUCCCCACUUUUACCGCUUGUCAUACUGGGAUUGUGCUUUUUUUUUUUUUUGGAAGGAAGAACUGGGGUAGUGGCUGCCAAGGAAGAAAGAAGCAUAUGAGGUAUUAGGAGUUUGGUGAUUCAGCUGCUCUGAUGAGAUGUUGUGCAGGGUGCCGAGGGCAUCUGUAUUCACACGCACACACCUCUAGCAUCGACCUCUGGAAGUCCUGCUCCCCUUACUCCAAUUCUCUAGGUAUUUUGACCUUUAACAGACUCUUGUGGCAUGUCUUUUUUCCCCCCUGUGUAACCACCAAAGCUGGGAGCUUGAUUUCAUAAUUAUAAAAAAAAAAAAACCCUCGCACAAUAUGGCCAGUUUUAUACCGCUUAAAACAUGUAGCCAUGCAGAACGCACAGCCCAAACCACCGUGAGAUGCUUGCCCAGUGGGCAAAAUGGGCACACUUCCCUACUCUUCAUAUUCAAGCAUUUUUCAAAAAUCCCUAGUUUUUGUUUUUAUAAAUCCGAAGACACUUGUAUUUUUAAAGUAUUAGAUCAUUUUCUACCUUUCACUCCAUAAAGUCUCCUUUUCUGUACUUUUAGCAAGGGUCAUAAAAAUAUAAGGAAUUAGAAUUUGUAAAGGUAGAUGUUCUAAUCCCAGGUGGAGUUUCCAUAAGGGUCAGAGCUGCAUUGUUAGUACAGAAAUCCCAGUAGGAACAGUUUCUCCCACUACCACACCCAUAAAUGCUGUCCCUUCUAGCUCAGGCACCAUCUAAUCUGCUUGUAAAAACUAGCAGAAGGCUUCACUUGUGUGAAAAGGUGUGACAAGAUCCUGGGGCUGUUGAUAGGAGCCCUUCUCUUCAGUUGACAGUGUACCACUCAUAGUCUGAAGCUGGUUACUCUGACAAAGAGAGUGAUUUGUUUUGGCUAAAUUCACAGGAUCAUUCGAACCAACGGUAUCCAACUCUGAUCCUCCAGAUGUUCAUGGACUAUGACUGGCCAUGCUGGCAGGGGCUGAUGGGAUGAUCCAUGAACAUCUGGAGGGCCAUAAUUGGACGUCCCUGAUUCAAACAGUUACCUGACUCAGCCUCAGACACCUCAAUAACUUAAGCAUGGCUUCAAGCUUAACAAACUCUUUUCUGGUGCCUGAUGAGAUGGGCUUUUGGGGGAAAGGAAAUUUGACCUCCAGCAUACUGUCUCUGUUGCCAUUACCAGGAAUGUUUUUAAAGCUGUUUUUAGGUGCCCAUUAAUUGUAAAACUGACAUCUUCUAAGUGCUGGUAUUUUCCUCUCUUCGUGCUUGUACCCUGCAUAUGCAUUGAAGCCUCAAUGUUGUACACCUCUGCCCACCUGAGAAAGCCGCAAGACAUGCCAUAGGACUGGUUUUAGUUGGGUUUUACUAAUCUGAUGUCCGGCCACUCUUAACUAGGCCAGGGCUGCCAAUCUGUCUCCUUCUCACUGUCCUCCAGUUUCUUUCAAUCCAGCUAAUAUUACUUAAAAUUUAAACAGUCAACAUUUUAUCCAGGCCUUUCAGAUGUUACUUGUGCCUGCUCCACAUUCAUGCUUUAAGAAACUAUGAACUUGCUCUUUUUCUGUUAGUGGUGUGAUUGGAUUGGAGCUUGAUCAACUGGGUUUAGAUAUCCCCAGUGGCCACAAUACUUAAUUUUAUGCCAGGGCCUCCCCAGCACUAGGCCUUCAGAACAGUUUCAAAAGGAGUCCUGGAAAUGGGGGCUUGCUCUGUGCCUUUUUGGUUGUAGGAGUGAAGGUGCAGAAUACUUUAACCAUGGAGUGACACUUUGCACGUUGUGCCUUUGUUUUUAAGAGAGGAGACACAUAUCGAUAGACUCUAUUCCAAAGAGCCACAACAUUGCCCCUGGGUGAGUGCCCAUGCAGAUAUGUGCAUAUCUCUAUUAGUAGUUAGUUGGUUGCUUUUCAACAAGUGCACCAUGAGUCAAGCCAAAAUGGUCACGAGACACACCAGCACCUUUUCUGGUGCCAUAGAACGUGGAUGUGGCCAGGAGAGUUUUAGCCUAGCAAGGGUUCUGUUUGGCCCCUGGAAAUUUGUUUGGCUGUGCAGAUUUUUGAAAGCAUUGCUUUGGCAGCAGCUGCCGCCACCACACAAGGGUCUGCACUGUGUGAUGGAAAGUAAGCUGUCGCAGCUAUGUUGUGGCAGGUUCUGCAGCAACCCAUUUUAUGGCCAUUUUGCGCCUGUACCCACUGUCCUAUCAGAAUCCUGAAGGUGCCUGAGGGUCAAAAAAAUUGGAGACCCUUGCUCUAGUCUGUGGAGUUGCAGAUAUAGCACAGUACUCAAGCAAGGGCGCAGGCUUCUGUCUGCUCACGUGACUUCUGUUGCAAUGUGCUGCAGAUUUGCUUUCCCAGUUUUAGAUGAUGUUAUCUCCUGACACAAGGGCAGUGUGCGGUUUGCUGCCUAAAGCAUGAAGCAGCCCUGAACUCUGUUACAGAACAGGGUCCGUGGCUUGGGGCUGCUAUAAUCUCCAGAUAAGUCUGACUUCUGGCAUUCUUAAGCAUCAUCACUAAGUACCAAGCAAAAGCUUGACCCAGAUGAUCCACCCAAGGCUCAAGGCGAUGAACCUCGUCCUGACUUCUUUUAGCCCUUGGGUUUUCUCACUACUUUUUAACGAGGUCUUCAUCUGUACUAAAUCUUUGGGGAAAGUGUAUCUGAAAUUCAGAUAUGUGAAGCAGCCUCCCCCCCCUCCCCCCCUCCCCCCCCAGUCCCCUGCAAUCAUUUUUCCUUAUUCAAGAUCUGGUACAGGUAGACCCUAUUUUCUGUUUCCAUUGAUUGUUAUAUACUCUGCAGAACUAAUUGUUUUCUCAUUUAGAUUUAAUAAAAAUUCUGAACAUUU